GCUGGCUUCCAGACCCUGGAUUCCUUAUCUAAGGGUUCCUUAUCCAAUACCCCCACCGUCCGUAGCCAUUUUGGCUCAAGCCGUGUCUCCGCCCGUCUUCGGCCGCGCGGGACUUCUUGAAAUGGCUGCGGGAGGGGGCUCAGCAGCGCCACUGCGGGGCGCAGCUGGAGCCCGUGUGGCGGCGGAUCGUUUGGUCGCGGGGCUGCAGCGGCAGCUCGCGGACGCCGACCGCCGCAGGUUGGAAGCCGAGGAGGCCAUCGACACGCUCGUCGGCGACGCGGAGGUCGGCGCGCGCAUCCGCUGCCUGCUGCCAGCUCUGGCGGCUUUGGUGGCUGGACGGGCGCCGACCUGGUUGCAGAAGCUGCGCCGCAACGUCGCGCUGCACUCCGCGGCGCCGGGAGCGCGGAUCCUGGUGGCCAAGGCUGCCGAGCUCCGCGCUGCUCAGCAGGGGCCGAGGCUGGAGCGCGCCGCAGCGGCGACUGGAGCUUCCGACGGCGUGGAGGACGUGGACACGGACGAGAGCGGCUGGGCGGAGGCGCUGGCUACCCGAGGGGCCCCUGGGGUUCUCGAGACCCAGGAUCCUUGGGCGGGAGGCGGCUUGCCCUUUCAUGCUCGGGUGAUCCACGUGGCCGAGUUGGAGCCGAGGCUCCUGGCGCAGGCCGAUGCCCUGGCGGCAGAGCGCGCUCCGCGGCCAGGGCUGGGAGGUCAGGGAGGCACGGAUCUUCAAGACCUCCCCGACGCCCAAGGGCAUCUGCACGGAGCCACCCCAGAGGGCCUAGUACCUGGGGGCUUGGGAACGUUUCCCAUCUGUUCUGACAAGGAGGCCAUUCCCGCGGGCCCAGGGCUGGCGCCUGGGAUGUGGCACACCUCCGAGCCGUUGGCGGAGGCGGAGGCCUUCGUCCAGGGGCUGGCGGCGGGCUGGCGGCUGGCCGAAGGAGCCCCCGAGUCGCUCGGCCCCGAGCGGCUGGAGGCGACAGAGCAGUGCGACGCGCACUUCAGCAAGCAGGCGGCGGCGGCGCACGGACCCAGCGUCGAUCUCGCGGAGCUCUUCACCUCCUUCGAAGAGAUGCUAGAGGUCGGCGCCUCCGUGAGCUCCGCCAGCCAGGCUGACGUGCAGCUGUUUCGGCACCCCCGCAAACUGUCGGGCACCGCAUGUGAGGCCGUGCAGCUCUUCGACCCGAUCGAGGAGCCCGUGUCUGGCGAAGCGGAGCCCGAAGGCAAGCAGGCAGAGGCUGUGCACGACGCAGCGGUGCCCAACGUGCAGGAUCUGGAGUGCGCCCGCCUCGAGAGGGCGCUGGAGGCCCAGGUCCUGUUGUUCGAAUCGCCCGAGUCGGAGCGUGCCUCGCCGCGGCGGCUGGACCCACAGCGAGAAGCUGUGAGAGCGGCGCUCGCGGCCCCGGAGCACGCCAGGCGACAGGGCGACUCGUGAAGGUGGUCGUGGGCAUCGUGCGGCCGCUAGACGUGCCUUGCCCUUUGCCCUCCUUCCAUUUGUAGAAUUGAAUGCGUGACCACGCGCCUGCUCGCGGGUGCUCGAAGAGUAAAAAAAAAUACCCCCACCGUAAGGUCGCCGCCGGACCAGCUGCCAGACGGAAAAAAAUGCCGA